GACCCGUUCUAGCAAAGAGUCAAAAGACCUUUGCAGUUUCCACAUAGCUUCAUUCAAGUGGCUUUCCAGCAAUUCACAGCUAAACAUUGGGUAAAAUGGUAAAGGAAAGCCUGUACAAAUUGUAAGACACGGCCUAUCUCUGAGCAAAGCCGCCUCAUAACUCAGUUCCUUCCAGUUCAGUUAACCUAGAGAGAGAGGGAGAGAGCAGAUGCCAUUAUAGAGAGAGAGGUAAGUGUAAAACCAUAAGAGACGGAGAAGAUGAUUUGUAGGGUUUAAACUACUGCAUCUCUGAGUUCCCAACUGUAAUAAAGGUUCAAGGGUACUUUGAAGAGCUAGAAAGCAAAGUGGUUUCGGUUUUGUGGGGUUGAAAGAGCGACAGUAGAGGCGAUGUUGGACUACGAAUGGGGUAACCCAUCAACAAUCAUGCUGUCCGGUGAAGAACCCACCGGAGACUCCGAUCAAACCCGUCAAACCUUUGACCAUUACAACCAAACUUUCAACGAAACAACCCUACUCAACCCAAAUGGCUUCAACACUCCACAAUUCCACCAUCACCACUUCCACCAGCAACAAACCCAAAAUCAUACCCAUUUCAACUCUCUAUACGAUCCACCGGCCUACGGCGGUGGCGCGUCAUACCCACCUCCACCACCCUCAAUGCUGUCUCUUGAACCGGCUGGUCCAACCGGGUUCAUGAUGGUGCCGAAGAGCGAACCGGCUUCUGGGGUGGUCGAUUUCAACAGUAGGAUCGGGUUGAAUUUGGGUGGAAGGACGUAUUUUUCUUCGUCGGAGAAUCAUGAUUUCGUGAACCGGCUUUACCGGCGGUCGAGGAUGGUUGAACCCGGUUCAGUGAACUCGCCGCGGUGUCAAGCCGAGGGCUGCAAUGCCGAUCUGACUCACUCGAAACACUACCACCGGCGACAUAAGGUCUGUGAGUUUCACUCCAAAGCCGCCACAGUCAUCGCCGCCGGGUUGACUCAGCGAUUCUGCCAACAAUGUAGCAGGUUUCAUCUCCUCUCGGAAUUUGAUAACGGGAAACGAAGCUGCCGGAAAAGGUUGGCCGAUCACAACCGUCGGAGGCGAAAAUCUCAGCAACCAAACGGCCAGGAAAAUAGCAACAAGUCUCAGCUUGACAAUGCCCGUAAUUCAUCGUCUGAAAACCUUGCUAGGUCUCCACCUGACUCAGGAACUCAUUCAUCUUCAUCUGUGACUAUUGCCAUUUCCCCACCAAGAAUUUCAUUGGAGUCUUUCCGGCAAAGAUCAUAUCAAGCUCCGGCAACCGCUUCAUCGGCAUCAACCAGCUCACUCUUUUUCUCAAACGGUUAAAUUUUCCAGGAAAGUGGGAAUUGAAUUCCCUUCUCAAGAAACUUUCAUCUGGACUGAAAAUUGAAAUGCCAUAGUUAUGAUCAUCCUGGGAUAGUUGUUAACUUGUUUCAAUCUUUCCUCUUAGAGAAGUUGAAUUCUAUAGAGAUGUUAUUAAAUGUAGCUACUAGUACUACCUAGGAUCUAUUUUUCAUUCCUGGGAAAAUGAAUUCCCACUUGUAUGUGGAACUUUAAUUCUUAUAGUAAAGCCUUCAAUACAAGGGAAUUUGUUUUCAUGUAAUCCUAAGGUGGGGUUUCUUUUUUUGUUUCUAACGGUCAAG